AAAUUUUUUGUGAAAACUAAUCGUUUCUUGUCUGACGUUGUUAGUGGUGAUUACAGAAAAUUUCUGCUUCUGAUGAUCUGUUGAGAUUAGUUUCUAAACAAGCAUCACUACUUAUGUUGAAUCAAUACUUUUGUGAUUCUAUUUAUCUUGCUAUUAUCAACUAGACUUUUAAGAGUUUUUCUACCUUCUUAAGUACGGACGAUUUACCUAAAAAAAACUGUCGUUCUGGUUAAGAAGUUGUGAUUGUGAGGCAAGGCAAAGUGGGAAUUACUUAUAAUGAAUGCUCUUGCGAAGAAAGAUGAUAAUCGACUAUUCUAUUAUAUACAAAGAUGAAGUAUGCGUGCUUUUAGAUUUGCCAGCUUCUAUCCAAUUUGAACCCUCUCUCGAGUUUAUAGCUAGUAAGCCUGCUAUGAAACCUUACCCGUUGCCUGAAAAGGAAAGCGUUGGGCCAUCAGAAGAAACAGACCCGUUAGUAUUACGGUCGUUGAAUGCUCUUUUACGGAUUCGUAGUUGGAUCCAGAUCCAGAAAUCGCCAGGCAAAGCCGCUGAAACUGAAUUGAUCACUAAGCGCCGCAAGUUAGAUCACUGCAAAUGUUCAGCUAUAGUGCGCAUUCAGGAAGCUUCUCCUUACAGAGUGAAUCACUUAACGAUGGAGCAUCGGCAUGAAGAAGAGCUUACUGAGCAAUAUCUUUCUAUGCUUCAUAUAAUGAAGCAGAUUCCUCCUGUAUCCUCUAUCGUAACACUUGAAAAUUCCGGUGUAUAUGAGUAUGGUCUUGAAGAUCUAUAUCAGCGAUUUUUAUGCAAUCGAAGUAGUCAUACCGUUCAAUUGAAUUUACAGGGUGUUAAGACUUUUGUGAGCGAGGCGGAUAGAGUCCCUGCAUGGUCAACUUAUUACGUUCCUCCUGGGGCUUCCUUUAUAAUGGGGGAUGUAGAAAAAACUUCCAAUGUGCUACUAGAAGCAUUGGAAGGGAAAAAAUUGGAUACGGUUGUUCUUGAUCCUCCCUGGCCAAAUCGGUCAGUUGCUAGAAAAAACUCAUAUCCGGUAAACAGACACUUGGGAUACUUGAGACAUCUUCCUAUCAAACAGUUACUCAAGAAAGAUGGUAUCGUAGCCAUUUGGUGCACAAACAAGAAAAAAAUUAUAGAAUUUAUAAAAAACGAUUUGUUUCCUUCUUGGAAUUUGUGCUAUAUUACAACAUGGGUUUGGCUAAAAAUUACUAUGCAGGGCGAUCCUUUGUUUAAUAUUCAUUCGAAAAUGCGUAAGCCAUGGGAACAAUUAAUAAUAGGAGCCACGCCAAGCUAUUUAAAGAUGCAUCGUGAAAGGAUUCAAGACAACUACACCCUUGUUAGCGUCCCUGAUUAUCAUUCUAGAAAGCCUUCUUUACAUCCGUUCCUGAAGCAGUGGUUAAAUUGUGACCCCAUAGGCUUAGAAAUCUUCGGUAGAUGCCUUUCGAAAAAUUGGAUAACGUGGGGUCAGCAGCCUUUAUACUUCAUGAAUACAGCGUAUUGGAAAUGCAAUGAUGGGGGUUGUGAACCACAGCAAUUUUAAGUACGAAUUACGACCACUGAAACGUUAUGAAAUUACUUCUCUUGAUAUGAUUCUUUUCUUUAUUAAUUUUAUUAGAAAACUAUGCCUGCUUUAUUUCAGGCUUCCCCAAUUUAGAAAUGACAAUUUAUUCUGUAUAAACAUGUAUAUGUUUUUAUAGUAUUGU